UUCGGAUCGCCGCCGUGUCUGGAUGUACGUCCCUCACCGUUCCGCAAACACGCGUUCCUCCCUACUUGCGAAAAGUGUCGAAAGUGUCCGGACACUUAUAAAGCCAGAGGAAGGUCAAGGAACACUUACAGAAGCGAUUUCAGUGCCUGGGCACCAGUGCCAGCCGAGCCAUACCCCCGAAAAGUGGUCAGCAUGCUGAGGGCAGGUAUCGGGUUGUCCCGGGCCAGGCGGAUAUGCCCAGCCUUCGUCAGGGGAUUCGAGGGGCGCCCCGGGUACGGGGGCGUUGCCGUGGGCGCCGGGGCGUGCGUCGGGGAAAGGGCCACGUGCCCGACGGGGCACGUGCGCCGUCUGGCCACGACUGCCGCCGUACGGAGCGGUUUGAUCCCCCAAAGUGACCCUUUCGCCCAUCGGCAUAUUGGGCCCCGUCUGGAAGACCAGAGGAAGAUGUUGGCACUUUUGGGGUAUGAAAGUCUAGAUGCCCUUACUGACACCGCUGUCCCCAAGAAUAUCCGUCUGGGCCGUGACCUCAACGUUGACCCUCCUGUGGGAGAGCACUCGGUCCUCAACAGGAUCCGCGAGAUCUCGGAGAAGAACGAGAUCUGGCGUUCGUACAUCGGCAUGGGGUACCACAGGUGUCGUGUCCCGCACGCCAUUCUGAGGAAUAUCUUUGAAAAUCCUGGGUGGACAACGCAGUACACCCCAUACCAACCAGAAGUGGCCCAGGGUAGGCUGGAGUCUCCUGAACUACCAGACCACUGGUCACUUGAUCUCACGGGGCCGUUUCCAGUGGGCAUUGCCUCUCUGCUAGACGAAGGAACUGCUGCUGCUGAGGCCAUGGGUCUGGCAUACAGACAAAAUAAACGCAGGAAAGUGUACUUGUCUGACAAGCUCCACCCUCAGACUCUAGCCGUGGUCCAAACCAGAGCCAUACCCCUGGGACUGGAAGUUCUAAUUGGUGAUGUGUUCGACAUCGAUUUCACAAACCGCGAUGCAUGUUCCGUGCUCAUCCAGUACCCAGACACAGAGGGAAACAUCAAAGACUUCUCAAAAGUCAUCGAGGAAGCUCAUACUAACGGAACAAUGGUAAUAUGUGCCACAGAUCUCUUAUCCCUCACUCUCCUCAAGCCGCCCGGAGAGCUGGGCGUGGACAUAGCCGUUGGAACUUCGCAGAGGCUUGGAAUUCCCCUGGGGUAUGGUGGUCCCCAUGCGGGCUUCUUUGCCUGCAAGAACAACUUGGUUAGGCUAAUGCCUGGACGUAUGAUUGGUGUGACUAGGUGAGAUGCAAAUGGAAAGGACUGUUUCCGGUUGGCUCUGCAGACUCGCGAACAGCACAUUCGCCGAGACAAGGCCACCAGCAAUAUCUGCACGGCUCAGGCCCUGCUGGCGAACAUGUCGGCCAUGUUUGGAGUUUACCAUGGUCCCGAGGGCUUGAGGAACAUAGCCAACCGUUCCGUGCACAAUGCCACUAUUGUCCUCGCCCGAGGGCUGCAGGGGUCAGGCCAUACCAUUGACAAUGAGUGCUACUUUGACACGUUGAAGGUAUAUUGCCUCCCGGCCACGAGUGAGAUCAGGAUGAGGGCCCAGCAGAAGCAGAUAAACCUCCGUUACUAUCGAGAUGAUACCGUUGGAGUUGCUUUGGACGAAACCAUUGAGAAGGAAGAUCUCGAUGAUCUGUUCUGGGUAUUUAACUGCAAGAAUACAACGGCUGACAAGAUAGCAGCAAACAUGGGAGACACGACGCCAAAGGAACACAUCUUGAACAGCAGUUUUGUCAGGACCUCAAAAUACCUGACGCACCCCAUCUUCAACACCCACCACUCGGAGGCCCAGCUCGUACGUUACAUGAAGAUCCUGGAGAACAAAGAUGUCCUCGUCCACUCCAUGAUUCCAUUGUGUAAGUUUGGAGGUUCCUGCACGAUGAAACUGAACAGCACCACAGAAAUGAUGCCCUGCAGUUUCCCCCACUUUACGGAAAUUCAUCCCUUCGUUCCUCCAGAGCAGGCACUCGGAUAUCGCCUCUUGUUUGAGGAACUGGAACAUGACCUUUGUGAGAUCACUGGAUAUGACAAGAUAUCGUUCCAGCCAAACAGCGGUGCUCAGGGAGAAUAUGCAGGACUCCGUGCCAUCAUGUCCUACUUGGACGCCAAGGGUGAGGGUCACCGUAAUGUUUGUCUCAUUCCCACCUCUGCUCACGGAACGAACCCUGCCUCUGCCCAGAUGGCCGGCAUGAAAGUCGAGUCAGUCAACGUCAAUAAAGAGGGAUCUAUAGACUUCAGACAUCUUGUAGCCAAGAUUGAGAAGCAUCGUAAAAAUCUGGCCUGUUUGAUGAUCACGUAUCCUUCAACCAACGGCGUUUUCGAGGACAACGUCAAGGACGUUUGCAACAUGGUCCACGAAGCUGGAGGACAGGUAUACCUUGACGGAGCCAACAUGAACGCCCAGGUGGGUCUCUGCCGUCCGGGAGACAUCGGAUCUGACGUUUCCCAUCUGAACCUUCACAAGACCUUUUGCAUCCCCCACGGAGGAGGAGGACCUGGAAUGGGGCCCAUUGGAGUAAAGCGACACUUGGAACCGUACUUGCCCAGUCACCCCAUUGUUGACCCCAUGGCCCUGAUGAAGAAGCGUGCCCGCAGCUUUGGCGUCGUAUCUGCAGCCCCUUACGGCUCUGCUGCCAUCCUCCCCAUUUCCUGGGCUUACGUGAAGAUGAUGGGUCCCAAAGGCCUCCGGGAAGCUACACAGGUUGCCAUCUUGAAUGCAAACUACAUGGCCAAGCGACUUGAAAAACACUUCAAGGUACUGUAUACAGGUAACUGCGGCUUGGUAGCUCAUGAGUUCAUCCUGGACAUGAGAGACUUCAAGAAAACUGCUGGAAUAGAGGCAACAGACAUUGCGAAACGUCUCCAGGAUUACGGUUUCCACGCACCAACGAUGUCCUGGCCCGUAGCAGGAAGCCUCAUGGUUGAACCCACGGAAUCCGAAGACAAGGCGGAACUCGACAGAUUUUGUGACGCCAUGAUUAUGAUUCGUGAGGAAAUUCGUGACCUGGAAGAGGGCAGAUCCGACCCAGCGUGCAACCCACUGAACAUGUCUCCACAUCCUCUAAUCACAGUUACAUCAUCAUCCUGGGAUCGACCUUAUUCCCGGGAACAGGCUGCAUUCCCAGCGCCGUUCAUUCGCCCCGAGUCCAAGUGGUGGCCAACAGUUGGACGCAUCGACGACAUUUACGGAGACCGCAACCUGGUGUGUACCUGCCCGCCAAUGGAAGCAUAUUGCUCGCCCUUUGACGAGGACUCCGAUGGGCAAGAGGAAGUAAAGGCUGCAUCAGCCUAGGUGCUUCAAAACUAUAUAUCCCUACGUAAAGUUAUGAGAUUUUCCACCGGAACUACGCUUUCGGACGUUGGUCUUAACAUUUCUCCUUGAAUGGUUGUUGUAAGUUUAGCUUAACUUUUGUACUUCACAUUUUAAAUGUAAUUAUAGUUUUAUUCUAUAACUUUGGAAAGUUUGGAGUCGGUUUUACGGACAUACAAACUUGUCGAAUGCCUAACUUUUAGGGAGAUUAUAAUGCUGUAAAAAUCCUGUGAUCUUUUAAAAGAUUAAGUAAUACAUAUCAGUAUGUUUUAUGUUGAUUUAUAGUGCAAUAUAUAAUAACUGACACGUUACACAUCCAGUAGUACCACCAGCAUUAGUUUUUUGGUUUGUAUUGAGGUUGGAAGUCAUUUGUUCCUGCUAUAGGUACAAUGACUGGGUUAAUAUAGUUCCUCAAACCACGGUUUAAUACUUGCCAAGGGUUUAUUUUGGUUUUUGUCAAGGUAUUUUCCUCUUGUAUGCACUUUAAAGGUGGUUUGUUGGGGCCUAAGGUACCUGUUUCAGGAGCUGUUAUAGUGGUGGUGACAUAUUCUAUUUGGGAAUACGUACAACAGUUUCAGCCAUCAAAUGUCAAGGUUGAAAAGCCACUUAGUGCUGUGUUGGAACCGUUAACAUUUUGGUGUUAUAAUGAGAGAGGAACAUGAUCUUUUUACAAUAUAUAUACUAAUGGGUCCAGCAUGGCAAAUGUAAAGGUUUAUAAAGCCAGUUAGUCCUGCAUUAGAACUAUUAACAUUUUGCUAUAUUUUCAUUUUAAAUAUGUAAUAGUGACUUUUUCCUUCUUCAAAGAAAAAAUGGGUUAAUUUCAACUUAAAUUUGUGGUGAUACCUAUUAGACUUUAAAUAGGUCAAGUUAUAUAACAGUCUGGCUGUUAUUUCUAGUCACCAGUGAAUACUGGUUUCAUACUGUGCCAUAUUUUAUCUUUGUUCAUAGUUAGAAAAAUAUUUAAUAGGUGUUUGAGGCAGUUUCAGAACCUAUGCACAUGUGACAGAACUUAUGUCAGUAUACAAGAACCUAAGUUAAAUAUUUGUCCAAAGCUACGUUACAUAUACAUUUGUGGCAUAUUACUCAAACCAGUGGUAAUUAAUGUUGUAACUUGAUACUUUUUAUAUACAUAUAUUGCAUUUGGUGUUUAGUUGUGUUACUCGAGUACUUAAAACCAGUUCACUUUUUGUAAGUGGACCAGAGUUUGGUUUGACUUAUAAUGUACCAAACUGUGACUCUUUAGUGCUCCGGGAAGUUACAAGGCUUAUGUGGUUGUAGCCCAGUAAAUGUCGAUAUUCUGAUGUAAUCUGAAUGCACAGGUUUGUUACCACAGUAUGUACAUUCUUUUGUACAAUUGGAGGAAAGGUUCACAGCUGUUCAGAGUUCUUGGUGCACUGUAAUGUAAACUUAUCAAAUAUGUAAAAUCAGAAUUUAGUGAACAACUGUUUGCAAUCCUUGAUGUAAUAUGAACUUUUAAUGUUAUUAUAUGAGCAAAUAUGUAAAAUCGCAGGAAGGUUUGAAAACUGUUCAGAAUUCUUGUAGCUCCAUUUCAGUUUUGUCCAAAGUGAAGGGGUUCACAAUUGUUUACAUUUAUUGUUGCUUGUCACAAGUUGUAAUUUUGCCCAGAACGAUGGACAUACCUUGACAUAAACGCAAUACUUAUAACCAAUGCUAGGCCUAGUUGAAGACAAAUUUUGUCAUUAUAUCAUAUGUUGUAACAAAUCUGGUCACACUCAUGACAAGAAGGUUGCAAGGUGCUGUUUAUGGGCAGGAUAUAUUUUUUGAAAAGGUUUUAAAAAAUCGUUGAAUAGGUGAAUAGGUUAUCUUCGUUUUGUUAAUAUAAAAAACAACGUUGAAUAAAGUGUCUUUCAUAA